GAAGCUUGAUACGGAAAUCGUUUGUUACUGGCUAUCAGGUUAUCUUUAGUGGAAGUGAACUGAAAGUUUUAAACAGGCAAUGAUUAUUAUAUAUUCUCAUAUCUACGUCAUAAGAACUUGAAAAAAAGGUUUUUUUUAAAUGGAAGCCGACGGUGGUGCCGAUGUGAGAAAUGAAGACGUGCCUCAGAACCUAGAUCUGAGUUUUAUCCUGCCAUCUGUUUCCGUUUUCCUGUCUGACUAUGGUUGGUAUCUGCUGUUCCUGUGUGUGAUGGUUUAUCUGCUCAUUCAACAUCUCAUCAAGAGCAGAUCCAGGGAGAAUCAGAGUCCCUCUGUCUUUGCAUCAAACCAAGACCCUGUGUCUGUGGCGAGACGUCAGGAAGCCCUGGAGGCGUCGCGUCAGAGAAUGCAGGAAGAGCUCGAUGCUAGAGCUGCAGCAUUCAAAGAAAAACAAAUGAGGCAUGAGGAGGACAAGAGAAGACAGAAGAUUGAGAUUUGGGAAAGAAUGAAGGAAGGAAAGAGUUACAAAAGAAAUGCAAAAGUUGAACAUAACACUGAAGAGGCCCCUUCAUCUACGUUUUUGAAACCAAAGACGGAUAAAAAGCCCCUCCGUAACAGUGGAUACAAUCCUCUGUCUGGAGAUGGAAGAGGAACAUGCUCCUGGAGACCAGGUGGAAGAGGGCCAUCCACUGGUGGAUGAGGUUAAAGGAGGGUCAGAGUAACCUCUGACCCUUUCACACCCCCUUUCAUCCCCAUAGUAACACACACAGAUUAACUGAAUGAAGCUGUCAGCUGUUAAGGAUCUUCAUGUAGGUUUUAUUUUUUUGUUGGCAGGCAGGCUUGCUGGCUCUCUCUAUUUCUUAUACACACACACACACACACACACACACACACACAC